CUUCCCGGAAGAAUGAUGGCCGCGGCCUAAGCGGUGGCCCGUGGGAGGCGUCGCGGGCGCUCGGGUCGCGCUCGGCGGAUCCUGGGUGCGGCGAGGGAGGCCGCUCCUGGCCACACUCGCAGGCCAUCCUGCAGCGCAGACCCCGGCAGCCAUGACCUCCAGGCAGGCUCCCCUCUGCGGCCUGGCCCCUCGCUGCCUCUGGCUCCUGGGGGCUGUCCUUCUGAUGGACGCGUCCGCCCGGCCCGCCAACCACUCGUCCGCUCGGGAGAGAGCGGGUAACAAGGAGGAAAACGAGAUCCUGCCUCCGGACCACCUGAACGGGGUGAAGCUGGAGAUGGACGGGCACCUCAACAAGGAUUUCCACCAGGAGGUCUUCCUGGGCAAGGACACGGACGGCUUUGAGGAGGACGCGGAGCCCCGGCGGAGCCGGAGGAAGCUGAUGGUCAUCUUCUCCAAGGUGGAUUUGAACACCGACAGAAGGAUCAGUGCCCAGGAGAUGCAGCACUGGAUCAUGGAGAAGACGGCCGAGCACUUCCAGGAGGCCAUCGCGGAGAGCAGGGCGCACUUCCGCGCCGUGGACCCCGACGGUGACGGCCGUGUGUCGUGGGACGAGUACAAGGUGAAGUUUUUGGCGAGCAAAGGCCACGAUGAGAGAGAGGUUGCUGAUAAGAUAAAGAAUAAGUGGGACCUGAACGUCGACGAAGAGACACAGGAAGUCCUGGAGAACCUGAAAGACCGCUGGUAUCAGGCGGACAACCCGCCCCCGGACCUGCUGCUGACGGAGAGCGAGUUCCUGUCGUUCCUGCACCCCGAGCACAGCCGCGGCAUGCUGCAGUUCAUGGUCAAGGAGAUCAUCCGGGACCUGGACCAGGACGGUGACAAGAAGCUCUCGCUGUCCGAGUUCAUCUCUCUGCCCGUGGGCACCGUGGAGAACCAGCAGGGCCAGGACGUGGACGACGGCUGGGUGCGAGACAGGAAGAGAGAGUUCGAGGAGCUGAUCGAUGCCAACCGCGAUGGGAUUGUGACCGCGGCGGAGCUGGAGGACUACAUGGACCCCAUGAACGAGUUCAGCGCCCUCAACGAGGCCAAGCAGAUGAUCGCCAUUGCCGACGAGAACCAGAACCACUGCCUGGAGCCCGAGGAGGUGCUCAAGUACAGCGAGUUCUUCACGGGCAGCAAGCUGGUGGACUACGCCCGCAGCGUGCACGAGGAGUUCUGAGCCGCGGCCGUGCCCGCCCCGUCCCCCAGCCCCGCCCCGGUCCCUCCUGCGGCGCCUCGCAGGCUGGCUGUGCUUCGAUUCCCGCGCACUCGCCGCAUCCUGCUUCUGAGAGCUGGGAGCCCUUCUGCCGAAGGCACUGACCACAUCAGGGCCUGCGGGCUCGCCACACUGUGGGAAAUAACGCAGCUCCUGCCCGUUUCCUUGAAAACUGAAAGAUGAAGGCUUUGCUGGAAACCAGCAGCCGGCGGCUGGGGGGUCGGGAAGGGGCCCUGAGACCGUGGCGUUCAGUCUCCGAGGAAACGCUAAUACUGGUGACAGGAAUCACAUUAAUUUACUUUAAAAUAUA